AUGAUUUUGGAGGAGUGUGUUCAUGCAGCAAUCAAAGUCCCGGUCCUGGGGACGGACUUCAGGCGGAAUACACAACCACGAGUUGUGGAUUUGACCAAGCUUUUUUUCGUGAAAUGUUAUGAUAACCCCACGUCGGCAGACACAACCACUCAGUCAAGUAUUGAGGCCUGUUUCGACCAUUGUAAGACUUACGCCAACGCUCUAUUCGAAUAUGGAGGCAGUUCGUUUGGUUGUGUUUGUUCAAACACAGAUCUUUCGUCCGAAGGUACCGCUCAACAGUGUGGACAAUCUGGAUUGUAUUACGCCUAUAACCAUGCAGCAUAUUCAACGCCUAGUACCGUCGAGAGGAGACGAAGAAGAUUAGAGAGAAUGAAAAGAGACGAACAGUUGAGAUUGAACAGGUUCUGUCCGGCCGGACUUGACGCUUGUAUCGUACACGGUUCAGAAGAUUCCUUCGAGUGCAUCGAUACUUCUUCAGAAUUAGAAUCAUGUGGUGGUUGUUUAUAUGGCUCUUACUCUAAUUCUACCUCUUCGCUUGGUACUGACUGCUCCACUCUUAUCGGUGCUGCUUUUGGUGGCACUACCUGCUUCGAUGGCCGAUGUCAAAUCUCAGCAUGUGAAGAAGGUUUCAAACUCGUUGAUGGAAGAUGUCAAUAG